UGUUCUUUUUCAGGCGUUUGCCUUUGCGCUGACAUCGUAUCUCGAUUUCUUCUGUGACAAAGUAAGGGAUUUUCAACGUUUAAUUGUGUGGAUUGUGGCCAGAGGAUGGCCAAAAGACGGCUAAACGCUGGCAACUAGUGUGGAUACUAAGGGUUUUGUGAAUUUACUGCGGCAAACUGCGGAAUAUUGCCAUUUCCACCGAAAUGAGGUUAAAAACGGGCGGCUUUUUGUUUGUGUGUGUGCGCGCGAGUGCAACUGUGUGUGUGCGUCACACGUGUUUGUUUCCCCUUUUUUUUUGUAUAUUUUUUUUAUCUGCUUGCAGCGCAAGAAUAUGUUUAAUACAAUAUACAUCCACGUAUAUUGAGCCAAUUAUCCAAAAGGAUAACCUUCAAGAAAGUAUAAACCCUUAAAAACUCGCAAUUCAACAACAACAACGCGCGUGUGUUUUUUACGGUGCUUAUGCGUGUGUGUGUGUGCGUAUAGCGCCCAUCUACAGUUUAAAAAAAACGUGUUAACGCAGGAAAACUACUUAAAUAUGUAUUUAAAAGUUAUUGUGACCCUUUUUGUAUACUUAAACCAUGGCCGAAGUUGCUGAAAACGUGGUGGAGACCUUCGAGGAGCCAGCGGCACCUAUGGAAGCCGAGGUGGCCGAGACGAUCCUGGAGACAAAUGUGGUGUCCACCACUGAGCUGCCGGAGAUCAAGCUGUUCGGCCGCUGGUCUUGCGACGAUGUCACCGUUAACGACAUCUCUCUGCAGGAUUACAUCUCGGUGAAGGAGAAGUUUGCCCGCUAUCUUCCCCAUUCCGCCGGACGUUAUGCCGCCAAGCGUUUCCGCAAGGCCCAGUGCCCCAUUGUGGAGCGUUUGACCUGCUCCCUGAUGAUGAAGGGUCGCAACAACGGCAAGAAGCUGAUGGCCUGCCGCAUCGUCAAGCACUCGUUCGAGAUCAUUCAUCUGCUCACCGGGGAGAACCCUCUGCAGAUCCUGGUCAGCGCCAUCAUCAACUCGGGACCCCGUGAGGACUCCACCCGUAUUGGACGUGCCGGUACCGUCCGUCGCCAGGCCGUCGAUGUGUCGCCCCUGCGUCGCGUCAACCAGGCUAUCUGGCUGCUGUGCACUGGAGCUCGUGAGGCUGCCUUCAGGAACAUCAAGACCAUCGCCGAGUGCCUGGCUGAUGAGCUGAUCAACGCUGCUAAGGGAUCUUCCAACUCGUACGCCAUCAAGAAGAAGGAUGAGUUGGAGCGUGUCGCCAAGUCCAACCGUUAAGGAGACAUCAUCACCAGCAAAAACAAACUUCUGUCUGUUUUUUUUUAUACAAAUAACGUGUGUACACUGAGAAAUGAUACACUAAAACUAAAAUAAACAACAAGAUGAAAAAUUC